GUUCCUUUCUCUGGCUGAGGGAGAGGCUGAACUUUCCAGGCCGCCUCCUGCCCCGCCGGGCCCGGCCCCUCGCAGGGGGAGGCGGCAGGCGGAGGGGGCUGAGCCGAGGGGAGGGGGCAGAGGCAGCGGCCGUCUCCUGCCCAUGAGGGCCUGAUGGAAAACACAAAGGACCUGGCUUUUGAUAUCAUCUGCAAACUGCUACAGCAUACCUUCACUUUCCAGAGUCUCCCCUCUUGUGUGAAACCCCCUGGGGAAGAGGCUAUGGACAAAACCAUUGGCAAACAGCAGAAACUGGCUUCAGACAAAAUGCUGUCAUACAUAGCAAAUGAAGAGACAGGAAAACACAUUUCUGUAAUUUUCCAGCAGAGAUUUUACUUAUUAUAAGAGUGGAAGGCACAUUUCCAGAUAGAGACAGAACAUUCUUCCCGAGCAGAAAGGAAAAGACGAGAUUCAUUCGGGAUGUUUGACGGUUAUGACAGCUGCAGUGAGGACACGAGCAGCAGCUCCAGUUCAGAGGAGAGUGAAGAGGAGGUUGCUCCUUUGCCCUCCAGUCUCCCAAUUAUAAAGAACAAUGGACAGGUCUAUACUUAUCCAGAUGGCAAAUCUGGCAUGGCUACAUGUGAGAUGUGUGGAAUGGUUGGUGUCCGUGAUGCUUUUUACUCUAAAACCAAACGCUUCUGCAGUGUCUCAUGCUCUAGAAGCUACUCCUCCAACUCCAAGAAGGCCAGCAUUCUGGCCAGGCUUCAGGUAGCGGGUAAACCUCCAACAAAGAAGGCUAAAGUUCUACAAAAACAACCCUUAGUGGCUAAAUUAGCAGCAUAUGCUCAGUACCAAGCAACUUUACAAAACCAGGCAAAGACUAAAGCAGCAGCUGUUCCAGUGGAAGGUUUCAGCUGGGGUAACUACAUCAAUAGCAAUAGCUUUACAGCAGCUCCUGUUACCUGUUUUAAGCAUGCACCUAUGGGGACGUGCUGGGGUGAUAUCUCAGAAGGAGUACGAGUGGAGGUUCCAAACACUGACUGCAGCCUUCCUACCAAAGUCUUCUGGAUAGCUGGAAUUGUAAAAUUAGCAGGCUACAAUGCUCUGUUAAGAUAUGAAGGCUUCGAAAACGAUUCAAAUCUUGACUUCUGGUGCAACAUUUGUGGGUCUGACAUCCACCCAGUUGGUUGGUGUGCAACCAGUGGGAAGCCCCUAGUCCCUCCUCGAACCAUCCAACACAAAUACACAAACUGGAAAGCUUUUCUAGUGAAACGACUUACUGGUGCCAAAACACUUCCUCCUGACUUUUCUCAGAAGGUGUCUGAGAGCAUGCAGUAUCCAUUCAAAACUUCCAUGAGAGUAGAAGUUGUUGAUAAAACACACCUUUGUCGGACAAGGGUGGCAGUUGUAGAAAGUGUCAUUGGGGGACGGUUAAGAUUGGUGUAUGAAGAAAGUGAAGACAAAACUGAUGACUUCUGGUGCCAUAUGUACAGUCCACUCAUUCAUCACAUUGGUUGGUCUCGAAGUAUAGGACACAGAUUCAAAAGAUCUGAUAUUACCAAGAAACAGGAUGGACAUUUUGAUGCGCCCCCACAUUUAUUUAUGAAGGUAAAAGAGGUUGAUGCAGCUGGAGAAUGGUUUAAAGAAGGAAUGAAAUUAGAAGCUAUAGACCCUUUAAACCUUUCGGCAAUAUGUGUAGCAACUAUUAGAAAGGUUUUAGCAGAUGGCUAUCUUAUGAUUGGGAUUGAUGGCUCAGAAGCAGCAGAUGGGUCUGAUUGGUUUUGUUACCAUGCCACUUCCCCUUCUAUUUUCCCUGUUGGUUUCUGUGAAAUUAACAUGAUUGAACUAACUCCACCCAGAGGUUAUGCAAAGCUACCUUUCAAAUGGUUUGACUACCUCAGGGAAAGUGACUCAAUAGCAGCACCUGUAAAGCUCUUCAAUAAGGAAGUUCCAAACCAUGGGUUUCAUGUUGGGAUGAAACUGGAGGCUGUUGAUCUGAUGGAACCUCGCCUGGUAUGUGUGGCCACAGUAACCCGGAUCAUCCAUCGCCUUUUGAGGAUCCACUUUGAUGGCUGGGAAGAUGAAUAUGAUCAGUGGGUGGAUUGUGAGUCCCCAGACCUCUAUCCAGUGGGGUGGUGUCAGCUAACUGGGUAUCAACUACAGCCUCCAGCACCACAAUCAUCAAGAGAUAGCCAGUCAAGUUCAUCAAAACAGAAGAAAAAAGCUAAAUCGCAGCAGUACAAGGGACAUAAGAAAAUGACUUCAUUGCAGCUGAAGGAGGAGUUGCUAGAUGGAGAAGAGUAUAGCUUCCUUCAAGGAGCAUCUGAUCAGGAAAGCAAUGGAUCUGCCAGUUACUACAUCAAACAAGAACCUUAAGGCAGCUCAAAGUGAGGAGCAGAGUAUUGGUGAUAGGAGAAGAGCCUUUCUCCAAGACUGACUGAUGUUGUUCCCACUUGGAUGGUGCACUUCAGGUGACUGUACCUGGGGCACUUUGCUAACUGUAGACGAGUUAGACUCAGUUCAGAACUUUUUGGAAGGGCGGGGAAACUAUUUUAGUGAAAAAGAUUUUUCAAUUUAUUAAAAACAAAAACGGACACUUUUGUGUUGUAUUUGAAGCUUUUGGAAGAAUUUUGUAAUAUUUUCAAGUUCAGAUUUAUUGUGCAUUGUUAACAAGAACUGAAAUUCUAAUUUUUUUGUAAGAUUAAAGUUUAAUUAGCAUGACUGUGGGAAGCAGUUGGAGGAAGAUGUAGUUGCAAAUACAAGUGAACUGUCAUAACAAAUGAACCUUUUUGGUACUAGUUGGGAGACUUGGACUCUUAUGAACUGCACUGGUCACUCCUCUGUUUUUUGGGUUUUUUAUUGUGAAAAUAAGGCAUUCAAGCUGUAAUUUAGAGGCAUAAAUUGUAUGUGAAAGGUAGUCCUGUAAAGCUCUACUCAGUGAGUAGCCCCAGUUGCAAUGGAGCCAUCACCUGAGGAAGAUUUUAACUUUUUGAGAUGUUUUUAUUUAGUUUAAAACACCUUUUUUAUAUAAGAUUUAAAAAAAAAAAAAAAAAAAAAAGUGUUCAUUAGGGUCUGAUUGAGUGUCCAUCAAUAUCAGUAGCCUUGUCUCCACUGAGUGCAGUGGGCGUCGGGUUGGGACUGCAAAGCCUCUUGUCUGUACAUGAAUGUCUGUAGUCUUGGAAUGCUUCAGCAAUCGUUUACAGAGCCCUAUGCCAAACUGGAACUUCCCUCAUUUGGAAGAUGAGUUUUAGCUAACAAUUUAGACUAAAGAAGAGACUUUAGUGAGGACAGUACCUCAGGCCUCCCUUGGUAGUAGGAAGGAACUCCUGAGUAUUCUUUGGAUUUUGCUUUCCAUUCAGAAAGGCCUACAUGUUCCUUACCAUUUUAAAUAUUUAUUUUUGAGCAUUUAAACCCAAUGUUCCACGUGGUUUCAGGUGAGCUAAAAGGAGCCAUACAUUGUGAAUUUAAAAAAGGAGUUCAGUUCUGCACAGCCUGCAAUAUUCUUUUCAUGCUGCAAUAGUGUCGUAUAGAAGUUGAGACUUGAGCAGUAUAUAAAUCAUAUACUGUUUGCUAUAUCAUUCAUAAACUGGAUUUGCUUACUGCCUGGAAACCUUGUGUCUCACUUCAAAUCCUCUUGGCCCCAGCUGCCUAACUGUCCAGUUUUUUUCAAAGCCAAGUCAUGUAAAAGGAUGAAAACUACCAGUAAAACACAAUGUAUUUUAGCACAAGCUAUUAGCAAUUUGGAUUUUAUUUUUUUUUUAUUUCUGUAUUUUCAAACUUUGUACAUUUCUGUAAAUCAUGUCAUUCAUGGAGCUGAUGACUAAAGUGCUUAAUCACCCCUGCAGAGCUGUGACUGGAAAAAUGUGCAUCAAGAGCUUUAGCUUUUACCAGUAAGGUUCAUUAACUAAACUCUCAGGAAUUAACUGCAUAUGUUCUAUAAGUGCUUCUGGGUCUAAGCCGGUCCCCUUCAGAGCAGUACAAUGAUAAUCUGACUCUUGACCAUAAAUUAGGGCUUAAAAAAAAUUAUUAACAUGUGUUCCUACAGCCUAAGAAAUGCUAUAAGGAUUAGCAACCCACAGAGCCCCAGGAGACAAUUUUUAUAUAUUGUUGUUUGAGCUUAAAAACCACAGUGCAUAGAAAGUUGAAAACCAGCAAUUUGAUUAUUUUCUAAAAUCUUGCUCUAUCUUUGGGUACAUAGUAUUGGUAAUAUGCACAGGUUUACCUCAUUCUAUGCAAGAGGGGUUAAUUAUGUAAAGUUUUGUAUUUACUACUGGAAGUAUAAAACGUCCUGUAUAGUGUAGGAAUGUCUGGAAAUCUUUUCUCCCUUACUGGUAAAAUUUUCUUAAUGACCCCUUUUUAAGAGCAGCUUCUUACAGUGACAGAAUCUGGUUAUCAGAUUAUAAGUAUCUGUAGCUUCAGAUGGUAAAGACAUUUUAGCUCUCUAAAACAGCCAUAAAAAGGACUUUGUCAGGCUUGGUAGACUUCAAAUACCUUCUCAGAUUCUGACCUAUCCAUGACAUUUCUUUUGAACAGCCUGGAUUUGGAGAAGCAGGAUUAGAGACCAUUCAUUGUAGUGACACUUUGAGCCUUGAUUUUUUUUUUUUUUUUUUUUUUUCCUGUGUUCUCCAUUUAACAUGUUGUAAAAUCCAGCUCUGCGACCACUGAUCUGGUUUGGUAAGUACAGCAUUAAUGAUUUUUUAUUUUUAUUUCUUUAACACCAACAAUUUGUAGAUUGCCCCUGUCAUCUGGAACAAGGUUGGCACAAUCUUGUUUUCUUCUUUCAUCAGUAGCUUCUGACUUAAGUAGAAAACCUGUUGCAUUAAUUUGUGUUUCAUAAUGUGAAAAUCUGGGCUAGUAAUGAGCAAGGGAUAUUGCCUUGUCACUGCCUGAUUUCUGAGUUAGUCUUCAAAUGUCAAGAGGGAAAAACCAACACUUAAGCUGAACAUCUUGUGUUGGAGAAAUGUAAGAGUAGGAUUUGAAGUCUGUCAGUCUAUAUAAAUGUUCUUUAAAAGUUGGUAUGUUAUUAAACACUAAAGUAUGUGAGUUGACUUGCAUUUUACAGGUUCACACAUGACAUCAGUAGGAGUUGUGUGUUGGGAUUCAUGGGUGAAAUUACUCAUUUGUUUCUGAAUUCCAAAUAUACCUAAAUCGUGUCAUUGUCAAGUACAGUGAAAUCUGUGCUAAGCAAACCACAUAAAGAACUGACAUCACUUGCUGAGGAGAUGUUUAAUAACACCUGGGAAAACUCCAGCAGUAUUUAGAGAAUGGUCUCUUCCAAGAGUGGGUUGUUACCUGCUGGCUGUGCUGUCCUUAGUAAGGCUUCAUUGUAUUUGUAAAGCAUUCAUUAGCAGCCCUUGGAAUUUUUACCUUCAUUUUACUCUAAGCUGUGUUACUUGGCUGAAAGAGCAGCAAAGUGUUGGACUUCUGACAUCUUCAGUGGGGUCAAACUAAUUUCAGUAUUUGGCAUAGCAGAUUUUUAUAACCAUAAGGUAGCACAAUUUAUGUACCUUACUUUGCAGCUGCCCUUCCUUUUAUUACUCAAGAUCUUUCUGCUGAUCUUUGAUUUUUAUGUUAGUUUAAAUACAACUCUUUAACCUUUUCCUUGCUGCAUCUGAGGAAAGCUAAAGCAGUUAUCAAUUCCUUGUUCUACGGAUACUAACACGGGUUUCAGUGUUUGUUUGUUUUUUUUAUUGUUGUUUUAAGUGAUGUGAAUACCCUCUCCCGUCAAUAUUUGUACGAUGGUGCUAAUAUAUUUGGUAACAAUCCUUUAUUGGGAAGGGAUUUUAAAAAACUGUGAUUUAAACUGAAUUUUUCUUCCUUUUGAUUUUCAUAUUUAAAAGAAGAAGCCACAGCCAUUUAUACAAGAAAGGCAUCAGCUUUGGCCCCUGGGAAAACGUUGGGGCGGGAAUCAAACUUAAACAACUGGGUUUUUACAUCAUUUCUGUAUGUAUUUGAUAUAUUGAUCAAUAUCUGUACAAAUUUAAUCUUUUAUUUUCUUGACAAUUUGUGUGGUCAAUGAGAAAGUAUUUAAAGCUUUCUCAUGCUGUGUACAUAACCAAGUGAAAAAAUGCUUUUGGAGAAAUUAAUGUUACUUUCAUUUUUACGAGACUGCAGAUUUUCAGCAUGGAUGUGAGAAGCAUUAAAAUUAUAACUUUGUGUACAAGAUGAAAAUAAUUCACUAAAUUUGCCUUUUUUUACACAAAAUAAAAAUUAUAAAAGGUCU